AACGGAGAGCGGCUUCCUUGUUUCAAAAAUAUCGGAAGCCGACCGAAAUCUCGUGGCGGUAUCUCCGGCAUUCUGAUUCUGCGGCCCGAUCCGCCGAUAUCUCCGCCACUCGAGCUCGCUUUCUACUAUAUUUUUAUAUAUAAAUAGAAAGUGGUCGAGGGUUUCUUCUCUUUUCCUCUUCGCAUCUCUUGAAGCGAAGAAGGCCAGGAGAGAUCGCUGCAAACGUCUCAUUCGAGGAUUUCUUGCAGCGAUUCGAGCUGCUGGGGUUGAAGAAGCAGCAAUCGAGAGAUCUUGAAAAAGAAAGAGAUCCAUUAGAGAACAAAAGAAUUUGGCUAUUGAUUCAAUCACGUCCAAAAGAAAUCGAGUUAGAAAAGGCGUCGAUAAAGGACAUGGUGUUGAAGUUCUCUGGCUCAUACCGGCAAUGUAAAGGUGGCAGCUUGUCUCACCGGAGCAAGAGCUUCCGCCACCCACGCAACCACCACAGUGGCGGCGCCAGCAGCUCACACACACUCAUCGAUGAUGACGCAGCCUCCGAUGGUGGAGGUGGUGGCCGGUACGCCUUCUUGCAGGUGGCGAGCUCAAGCUCAACCCCUGCAUGGGACUUCACAAGUAUUGCCCGUGACAGGGACAAUGACAGGUUCAAGGCCCACAAGUGGAUCCCCGGAGUUGGGGUGGUGGCAGCAGCGGAAGAGGUGGUGCUGGAGGAGGACGGCGGCGAGCCAAAGGAGUGGGUGGCUCAGGUUGAGCCCGGCGUCCACAUCACUUUUGUUUCUCUCCCUGGUGGUGCCGGCAACGACCUCAAGCGCAUCCGUUUCAGUCGGGAGAUGUUUAACAAGUGGCAGGCACAGAGGUGGUGGGGAGAGAACUAUGAUAGGAUCAUGGAGCUUUACAAUGUGCAGAGGUUUAGCCGCCAGGGACUACCAACUCCACUGAGGUCCGAUGAUGGCGGGCUUUCUGUGCGUACAAACUCCGACCGUUCUUCUGUUCCCUGGUGCACUGCACGAGGCCAAGCCCAUAUCCGUAUUGUUGCUUGUCCUGCUCCGGAGCCUUGUGGAUUCCAUUCUUCUCUGAACAACGUCCUUUUUGACACCAAAGCAGAAGAAUCAUUCUAUUCGCAUGUGGGGUCAACGAGGGAGGACCCCAUCACCCCGCCGCUGUCUCGAAACACGUACAGAUCUCAUUCCGCUGCCACCGGUAAGGGAAUGUACUGUCCGACGGUUCCUGACGCUUCAGAGCAUGCUUUACCUCAUCAGCACAAUCCUUCUGCUGCUGCUGGAGCUGGAGCUGUGGGGUCUUCGGGUGUCAAGCGUGGAGAGGCCUCUACGGUAGAGGCAUCGAGAACGACUACAUCCUCCAGGGAUGAGGCCUCUAUCUCCAUCAGCAAUGCCAGUGAUCUGGAGGUGAUGGAGUGGGUGGAGCAGGAUGAGCCUGGGGUUUACAUCACCAUCCGAGAGCUGGCUGAUGGUACGCGGGAGCUUCGUCGGGUUCGAUUCAGCCGAGAAAGGUUUGGGGAGGUGCACGCCAAGCUGUGGUGGGAGGAGAACAGAGAGAGGAUACAGACUCAGUACCUUUAAAAGCCAUCCUGAAGUCUCCCGAGUAUGAAGCCCGUUGCGAAGAAUAUAAUAUUCAAAGUAGAAAUAGAUAAGAAGAUAAGCAAUUGAAAGAAUUAAAUAUGAAGAUAAUUUACACUUGGCUGCUCAUUGCUGAUCUUCUGUGUAACCGUUUGUGAGAUUUUCUCACUUGUUCCUAUCUAUAUUUUAAAGCUCUAUUUGGUUGGUUAA